AUGGUUAUAAUAGGAGGAGAUGCGGGUGGCAAUGAAGGAGAUCAUUCUGGAAGUCAACCUCUUCACCGGAACUCGAAGCGUCCUGCUAAUCGCCAGCCACGACUUGCGCAGAGUGUUGAGCAGGGAGAGGAUGUUGAGGAUGCUGAUCAGUUCCGUGUUGUAAAGCGGACUAGAUGUGCAGCACUUGGCAAGGGAGCUGAGUCAUCUUCUAGGGCAGCAGUUGCUGGAGAAGCUGUCGCAUCUUCCGCAGCAGAUGCUGAGGGCAGCGGCGAAGGAGUUGAGGUGCUUCCAAGGGAAGAUGUGGAGCGACCAUCACAAGCAGGCAGGAUAAGGGCAUCACCAGCGCGCUUUGCAAAUUUCAACGCCUCUCUAACUCCACUACAGAAAUCAGAGCUAGUUUCGAGGUCGGUCGGGGGGCUAUUGAACUUAUCAGACACACUUCCAGCGGACCUCACUAAGUUCCUGGUGCAGUCCUACCAGCCACAGACCUCUGAAAUGGUUUUCCCAGGAAGGGGAAGGAUCCGUGUUGAUGCUGACAGUGUUCAGAGGAAAAAGGCAAAAAUUGCGAAAGUGGUCAAUGAGCUAUGCAAGGCUGUAACUGAACAGGUUGGCACCUUCAUUAAAGAAGUUGCCAAGAUUGAUGACGAGGAACCAGAUAUUGAUCCUUACAUACAGCAGCCAUCAAUGCAAACUGGGGCAUCACGCCAGGAGGAGGAAGAAAAAGGUGAGGCCAGAGAGGGGGACGGGGACAAAGGGGCAGCAGUUGAUGGCAGUGAGAGGGGAGAAGACAAAGGCGCAGCAGCUGAUGGCAGUGAGAGGGAAGAAGACGAGGAUGAAGAAGACGAGGAUGAUUAUGGUGAUGAUAAAGGGGGAUCCAAUGGAGGCAGCGACAGCAGCGAUGACGAUGAUGAUGACAACGCUCCUGGUUCUGGUGGUACAGGUGGCAACACAUCCAGGAGGACUAGCACUCACGCCACCCCUGCGAGCAGCAGCAAUUCAUUGAGUAGCAGGAGCACACUACAGUUGUUGAUUGACAAGACUUGCUGGAAAGACAAGGAUUUGCCAAAGUCAAAGAAAAAUGACGAAGCAGAGUCUCAGGGAAGCAUUGAUAUGUUCAAGCUCUGCAACUUGAAGCCAGCUUUGCCAACCACCUUUCCCGUGCCAGAUUUCAGCGACAAAGAUAUGUGUGAGAAGAUCAACUUUGCCAUUGACAAGAGCCUGUUCUUAUCAACUGAUGCUGAAAAGAAUCAAAUUGACAUGGAGGAAGCAGGGAAGGGUCUUGACUGGGUUCAUUCAAAGCAAAAAUACAAGGAAUAUUUAAAGCAGCUCCCAGACCUAAGCUCCAGCAAGAGCAAGGCAGCAUCCACGGCAAACCCUCACGUGAUCCAGAAGUGUAAAGCAGUUUCAAUGAAGAAGAAUCUGCAGUUGCCUCAAACCAAGGAGAAGAUGGUGAGUGAAGAUGCUGAAGUAAAUAUGGUCAAGGAAGCUGUGCUUCAAACUGAUAUGCCAACAGUAGUGAGCAGAGAGCCAACCAAUGUCAGAGAAGUUCAACAGAUCAAGGGGAAGACUCCCCUUUCAACAGUCCCACCAAAACCACCUAAGCAGAAGAUUGUCAAGUUUGCCAGGGGCGCAAAGGGGGAACAGGCCACAAAAGAUUUGGGGUUCAGAGACGAGAGAGAGCUGCGAGCUGCAGCCAUUGAUGCAGGGGUGCCAAGUUCUGCCAGGUUGCUGCCAACUCAGACUGAAAAGAUGCCAACUACAGAUACCAGUGUGCCAACUGAUGUGUCAGUUAGCAGUAUGGUCACAGUCAAAACCACCACAGCUGGUCAGGAAGGCACCACUACAACUGCAAGUCCCAAGGUGCCUACUGAUAGAGAUGCUUCAAUGCCAAACACAAAAGGAGGUGAUCCAACUAUCAAAGUGCCGUCCCCAAGAGUUGUCUUUCAGCAACCAUUAACACAAGAGGAGGUGUUCGACAUUAUAAGUAGGUGCAAGCCUCCAAGGCCGCCAACUACAACACUAUUGCGAACCAAGUCAGUGAAUGAUGCACCCAUGUUUGUGCCACAAGGAGAUGCCCUGGUCCUUGAACCCUUACGAAGAUCAAACUCUUAUCAUGGUGACGGGUUCUGUGAUGCACCAUCUUUUGACCUCGGCAUAGAUGGUGAUGCUCCAGCACCUGCUCCAGCAGUAGAUACAGCGGAAGCCAGUGUGAUUAGCAUCGAUGAGUGUGAGUUAGACCCAGCAGCUGUGAAUAAAGGAUGUGAUGCUGCUGAUGCUGGCAAGGCAAUAUCUCAAGAACUAGAUGUUGGUUCACCAGAGAAUUGCCACACCCCGAUAUGCGCAGAACCAGAACUUGGCAUGAGCAGUUCUUCGGGGCCACCUCUUCCACGAAGACAGAGGAGGGUAAGAAGGCCUGCAGCAUCUCAAAGGUCUCCAUUCAUCGACUACAACAAGAACAAGACUUUCAGCACCAAUGAGGUAGUGAACAAGCUUUACGCUGCCCUCUUGUAUUGGGUCAGGCAUCACAAAGGAGCAAAUGAUGGAGCUACCAGCCCUGAGAUAAUCAGGUAUGGUGCUUUCUACAUUUCUUUAAAGGAGUUAGUUGAUUCGAUGAAGCCGGUUCAAUGGUUGUCAAAAAUUGUUAUUGAGACUGGAAUCUUACACAUCACGGAUAACUUACCAGAAGGGUCAAAGAAGGUUGUUAUGCCACUGAGGUUUUCUAUAAAAUUACAGCAAGGGAUCCACAAUGUGGAUGAGAUGAACAAGAAGUUUGAUUACAAGAACCGUCUCGACAAGAAAGACUUGGUCAUGCUGCCAGUGCUCGAGUGCGCAGAUGUAACCGAUAAGGACGGAGGGAGGCAUUAUUGGGUCUUCAGUGUCAACUUGAGGGACGGACGCUUCGAAGUUCUUGAUUCAAGCAGGACGCUGGACAACAUUGAGCUGAUGAACAACGCCUCUACCAUUGCGGGGGCAGUACGCCAGCUAUGGAGGAAGCAUUACCCAAAGUUCAGCAUCGAGCACUUCCAGAUUAUUGACAUUGACGUACCGAAGCAGCUUGGCAAUAAUGAGUGUGGGUUGUUCGCACUGCUUAACGCCACCGAGUGGAAUGGUAGCCAACUGCCCAACUACGACCCCAAGGAAGUACUCAACAUCAGGAAGAAGCUGACGUAUGAUUGGGUCACCAGCGUGCACAACACCGCCCCAUGGAGGAAGUUGCUGAGAUACGACAAGGAGUAGGUUUCCGUUUCGCAAGGAGCUCUUUUCAGAUUUUUCUGCACAUAAUUGGAUGCUACAUUUGAGAAGGAAAAUCCAGGUGAAAGAAGAAAGAAGAAUUGGAGGACAGAUUAUAGUUAUAUGUUUUUCAUCGCCGUUUAUGUUUCUAGAUCUGGUAUAUUUGAACAUAUUAAUAUGGUUUGCAAUAGGUGUGGGACCAGAAUAUAUGCGUGGGACAAGAUUUGUGUGUGAAUAUGUUAAUAUGGUUUGUGGCUUCAUUAGCCAUGGACAAAAGUUCCUA